AUGGUCUGUCUUAUUUCUCCUCCUAUGUUCAAAAAUAUUGUUGUCUUUCUGAUUGGCUCAGUACUGAACGCCAGCCUGGAGAUAAUGCUGGAGAAGGAGAACAGAGAUUAUGGGGACACGGUGGUGGGGUCAUUCCUAGAUACUUAUCACAACUUGACAUUAAAGGCUGUCAUGGGCUAUCGUUGGUUGUCAAGCAGGUGUCGUGACGUCCAGCUUCUUAUCAAAAUGGACGACGACGUUUUCUUCGACGUUCGCAAAUUUUUCACCAGAUAUUGGAAAAGGGUAGGCAACGACAGGAAACAAAAAGCUCUUCACUGUUUAGUCUGGUCCAGGGCUGCGGUUGGACGAGCAGGCAAAUGGAAGGUCGAGAAAGACAUCUUCGCUGACUCCAGUUACAAUUUCCCAUACUGUUCCGGGUUCUUCGUGGUAAUAAGUCCAGACUUGAUCGAAUCUAUAUACAUUCAUGGCAGGAAUAUGGACUUUUUCUGGAUCGAUGAUGUGUUUCUGUAUGGGAUGGUCCCAGCUUCAAUAGGAGGGGUGCAUUUUAUUCAACUUGCAAGCCAGAAAGGGAUGUUGGUUGAGAACUACGAUGAUCUCCUGUGGUGUAGAGAACGCUAUAGUCACGAAAAGUGUUCUAUCUGGGCAGCACUUACGAGCAAAGAUAGCGAUUUCGAUUUUGAAUACUCAGCAUUGCUGACACCAGACUUGCUGAGAACAGGAAAACACAUACCUAUCAAAUAA